CCAGGUAUAAAAGGCGGCACUGGCCGAGGAAAGGGUUGAAAGUUAGUCUGUUUUGUGGUGAAUGAUGAGGUGCUUCGUCGUCUUCGCUGCCGUGCUCGCUCUUGGGGCUGCCCAAGAAAGCUUCAAAUGUCCUGAUGAUUAUGGAUUCUACCCUCACACAAAGUCUUGUGACAAAUACUGGAAGUGCGAAGAUGCCAAGGCUGAGCUCAAGACUUGCGGUAAUGGUCUCGCUUUCGAUGCCAGUGACCCCAAGUACUUGACCGAGAACUGCGACUACCUGCACAAUGUUGAGUGCGGAGACAGGACCCAGAUCGAGCCGGCCAUCAGCACGCCUCACUGCCCCCGCCUCUACGGAGUCUUCCCCGACGAGAACAAAUGCGACGUCUUCUGGAACUGCUGGGAUGGAGAAUCCAGCCGCUACCAGUGCUCCCCUGGUCUUGCCUACGACAAGGAGUCUCGCGUCUGCAUGUGGGCUGACCAGGUCCCUGAGUGCCGCAACGACGAGGUCGCUGGAGGAUUCGCCUGCCCUGCUGCUGGUGAGAUCGCCAACUCUGGCACCUUCUCUCGUCACGCUCACCCUGAUGACUGCCGCAAAUACUACAUCUGCCUGGAGGGAGUUGCCCGCGAGUACGGAUGCCCCAUCGGAACCGUCUUCAAGAUCGGAGAUUCUGAUGGCACUGGAAACUGCGAGGACCCCGAGGAUGUUCCCGGCUGCGAGGACUACUAUGGUGAUCUCGACCUGAAGUCCAUCCGCAAGAGCGAACUGCUCGCCGGUCUCAACACCAGCUCCAAGCCUCACUCGAACAAGCAGGCCGCCGCCAAGAAGGCCGCCGCCGCUCCCCGUCCCGCUGCCGCCCCUCGUCCCGCCGCCGCCCCCGCGGCGAGGCAGCAGCCCCAGCAGCAGUCCCACGACGAGGACAAUUAAAUUCUAGCCGUUAAAAGAUAGGAGCGCGAGAGAAAAAGUUAACAAAAACAAAAAUCAAUAGGUAUAAAUCCCCCGCCGCCCAAGAGGCCCCUGGACCAAAGCAGUCAAUCGAAAUUACCCGCCCCCAGGGCCCCCCAACCCCCGGUGCAUGAGGCUUGAUCUGUCAUAUAUCUCUGUCUCUGUUCUCCAUCUUUUCUUUUGCGAUCCCGCCUCUGCUCACGCUCGUGUAAUUUGUGCACGCAGCGAAGACUACUACGGAGACGUCGACCUGAAAACCCUCAAGAAGCUAGGCUACUAAACCGCACCUGCGGCCGCCUCCAGCCCUGCGGGCCCCCUCCCCCAUUUGACUGCCUAUUUUGUACUGUGUGAGUGGUUUUAUUAUGUAAAUAAAGAGACAAUUAAUUAUGUAAUUAAAACAUU